CAGGAUGUUGCUGGUCUACAUGUGAGCGCACAGGCUGAGGGAUUGGGGCACCUCUCUAGAAGCCAUGAUGGAGGGUGCAGGAGAAGACCAGAUAAGCUUUUCUCUACUGGAUAGUGUGUUGGAUAUGUUCCCAGGAUAUUCGGAGUGUCAGCAAAUUCUUGAUGACCUUGAUGAAAAGCUAAAAGAAAAUACCCAAAGCAUUGCAAAGUAUUUAGAAAACCCUCAUCAGGAAGUCCUUAAUAGCACUGGCGAUAUCCUCCACAGCAACGUGGACUACUUCCGGGGUCCGAAUAGCUCAUCAUCCUGGAGAUUAUAUGAUACCCCUCAUGCUGAAGUGAUGACCUUCCUGAAGACUUUGCAACAUUUUCUGAAGAACUGUGAAAAUCAGGAAGACUUUAUUCUUCAGUUUCUUAUGGACCUCCAAAGUCACGGAAUAACGUUCCCUUCCUCUCCAAGUGGAAGCUGCUUUCAGUGCACGUCACAGACUUCACUACAUGCCAUUGACGAUGAUUCUUCCAUGGAUCUUCAGGCUUUGUGGGAUGAUGUAAGGCUGCAUUUACGCCGCCAUCUAGUUGGAAAAUUGCAAACCACUUUUGACACCUGUAGCAGUCAACCUAGGAUUAGUUUCAAAGCCCAGUGCUUACGGCGCCUUCUCUUUCUUUACCCUGAAGCUGAUGUCCUUGUUAAGUAUCAGAACAUCCAGCAGAAUUUUGUUGUUGAACUUCUCCAUGACUUUAGUGAAAGGAAGUUAGAAAGCGUUCUUGGGGCAUACCAGAAGGCCAUUCCCAGGGUGUACUCCAUGAUAAAAGAAGAUUUGUUUGUGUUAAGCCAGGUUAUAGACUCUUCAUUAAUAAUUAAGUUUAUCAAUGAGACUUUCUUUGAAGCGAUCACAGAGGAGAUGAAAACCUUCUUUGAUAUCCUUUAUGAAUCCAGCACAGAAGAACAAGGUCUCCAGCCAGCAAGGCUAAGCAAGAAAAGGCAUAAACAGAAGGUGCAUGCCCUUGCCUUGAAUACAGAAGAUCAGCAGAAAAAAGCUUUGGAGACCCCCUUACAACUGUGUCAACUGAAAUCCUUGUCAGCGUUCAUUAGCGUUUUUUUGUGGCUUGAAAAAAAGGUGGAGAAGGCGAUGACUGAAAUCCUGUUUCUUUCGUGUUAUCCGGAAAUAAAGGGAAAUGUACAAGGGAGUCGGAGGAUGGAUUGCAGUGAUGACACUACUAGAAAGAACAUUAUUUUGGAUGAGAGCUCCUUGCUGAUGAAAGAAAUGCCUACCUUGAAAUUCGGUUGGAGGAAUACCCUUCAACAGCUGUCAGUUCCCCUGUCGCAUAGUGUAAGCAGUGAAUUGGAAACAAUGACCACUUCUGUUCUGCUGAGAGAUUAUGCAGAAUUGUCCCUUAAGGGAAGGUCCCAAAUGGACGUUGUCUGCAUCUCCAACACCUAUGAACACUAUGGAUCCAUCUCGGAAAAACAGAAGCCAAAAAGAGUAGCAAAGUUCUGCUUUGACAUCAUGGAAGAAUUUGACAAACUGUUCCCACUGGCCUUGGCGUGCACAUCGGAUUCACUGCAGAACAUAAGGACGUGCUUUGUAGACGUGUUUAGCAAAUCGGCAUCCUCAGUUCUCACUAAAUUAGAAGAAUGGAGUUCCCAAGUGCCGGACAAGGCUCCUGUGAAGACUGCCCUAGUUGUCCUGUCCUCCGCUGCCCACGUCUUAUACCAUGCUUCCCACUAUAACGAGCAGAUGAGUAAGAGGCCCUUGUUUCUAGCAGUUGUCCAGCGAUAUCAACAAUUUAUCAACGAUCUCCAGAUUCAAGUUACAAACUACUGUGUUAAUGUUUGUUCUACAAGCCUUUUCCUGGAUGCUGAGAGUCACCACUGGGACGACAACAAAGCUUUUUAUGAGGGGGAACGUUGUUCAUUUUCCAUCCAGAUGUGGCAUUAUUUCUGCAGUGGUCUCCGCCAUGAUCUUUGGACCAUUGUACCACCAUUUAAUGGACACAAGAUUUUUUCAGAAGUUCUGGAGCAAACAUUAGCUUUUCUGACCUUCAGAUAUGCCCAGGUUCACCCCAACUACAAGCGGGCAUCACAAAUACGAAUUGAUGUCCUGGCUAUCCUGUCUUGUGUAGAAAACUUUCUGUGGUCAGUGUGCACCAGUGUUCAAGAACUUGUGACAAGAGCACAUAAUCCUAACAGUGCGGUCUUUAAGAUACACAAUCACUGUAACAGCCUACUGACAACCAUGAUCAUAUUAUUAGCACCUCUGAAACUGUUGACACAGACGAUGGAGAAGAGUUUGGCUGAGUUUCAUUCACAUUCCUCACAACCAGGAUCAGAAGACUUUUUAUUCUGGCUCACUUUUAUUAAUCCACACCUAUUUCCUUCUUUGUCCAAAACUCCUUCAGCAGGAGAAAUGGCAGUCCAGGGUCAGCUCAAACUGCUCUUAUCCCAACCAUGCUGUAAUUGGAACUUGCUGCUGGAAACACUGCUGCGUCCUGAUUGUCUCGUUGCUAGAACUUUGCUGACUUGCUCAAUAGCUGAAGUUCAGGAAACACAUGAUUUCAAUUUGUUAAUGCUGGAAGAUGACGAUGGCAAGGAUAUGGAUGUCACAGAAAUCAUCCUGUGGGUGUUCUCUUAUUGUUCCCUGUCACCUCAGUCUUUUACUGCCCUAUUGGAGAGUUAUAUGGAUCAGGAGCAACUAUGGGAUUCCCUUAUCAACCAAACAGUGCAUAUCAGCAGAAAUACUGUGCUCAGAUAUUUGAGAAGAACCUUAAUAAGAGCGGUGAGAGGCUUGGUGAACCAGGUUACCUCAUUCAUCAGUUCCAGUGAGCCCACCAAUCAUUCUUUCUCCAGUUCACAUCCUCAGAGUUUUCUUGAUGUUUUGCUUAAAGCUGUACCAGAAAAAUGGAACUUUACCAACCCAAGGGAGCCCAAAAAAUACCAGAAAAACGUUACAAGAUUGACAGCUGAAGCAUUCUCCAUUGUGAUCAGCAAGCUACCUUCAGUAAUUGCAUGCCUGCCUCCCCCAGUGAAGUACUUCUACUCAUUCUCAGAGAGAAAAAUAUCAGAGCAGUACUCUGUAUGUAAGGAUACAGGUAUGGUUGUUUGGAACUUAAUUGGUAUUAUAUGUCAUAUAUUAGAAGAUGGAAAUGCCAUAGAACAAGCGACAGAUACCACAUUGUCUCGUUGGAGCAAUGAAAGGCUCUCUAAAGUGUGUCGAUGCUUAGAAAAGACCAUUGGAUUAAAGACCGGAGACCCCAAGGAUGAUCUACAGAGUGUAUUUAAAGACAUUGAAAGAUUCCGACCAAAGUGGAUUGAGGACCAGCUACGAAAAGCCAAAGUUCUAGGUUCAAUCAGUGACUUUGCGAUGCAAGAAGACAGUUCAGUAUUAAAAGACCAAGGCAGCAGGCUCGAUCUGACUGAGCAGAAAAUAAACAUGAUGGUCCUGGAUAUCUGCCACAAACCAGGUGGCAGCGAGUACCUGAGGCAAAUUCAUCACAUCAUCCAGCUCAAUGAGGAAUACCUGUAUGAUGCCUUCUCACCUGGACACUCCAAAAACAAUCCAACAAGCUCAAAGGCUUUUCAGUUGACCUUCACCAAUGAAGACCAGUUUCUAGCCUUUAACUCACUGGAAACAUUUUUGCUGCCUAUUGUGAAUGUGCUGAGUGAGCAGUCUGGCGCACUGGAGGAGAGCUGGGAAUGGUCCGAGUUGCUACCACACUGUUUGGGACUGAAUUCUGUGACCUUGGGAGACCUUCUGCUGCACAGGUACUCUGUUAUACAUUUCUAUGUGAAGUUCAGGUUAGAGGGUGGAGAAGGUCAGAUGUUCUCUAAACCAAAAUACUUACAGAUCAGAUCUUUAGAAAAAUGUUGUGUGGUGAGAGAAUAUUUGCUUGAAGUUAAACUAUGUGAUUCUGCUGAUGGCUGCUGCAAGGCAAGAUGGGAAAUGUGA